AAUACGGCAUGAAUCUCGGAUUUCCCGCGCGCUGGCACGGAACCAGCCUCCGCGAAAACGCUCUCUAUUCCCGUCUAAUACUCGUGAAAAACACGUAAAAACGCAUUUAUUUCUGUAGCGAGCGGCCUCUAAAUUUAGGCCGUAUGGAAAGCAAUACGAGCGAUUUUGGUCGGGGCCGCGUUGUCUGUAUUUAGAUUAGACGGCGCGGACGCAGCGCGCGCGACUCGCCUCCGACCCCUGUUCUGAUAAGGCGCAUCGGCAGUGCAUCCAGCCCGCAGACCAGCCACCCACCGGUCACCGACCGUCCGCCCGCGUCCGUCAUCGUCCGCCAGUGUCCGUUACGGCCCGCGUCGGUGCGCGGUCUCGCGAGUGUUGUGUCUCACAGAUAUUUGGAUGUCGCAAAUGCUCCCCGAAGCCGGAGAAGUGAUGCGGCGCGCGGCGUGUGGGGACGUGUGUGCCGCGCCCGCCCCGCGCCCGCAGCGACCCUCCGCAUCAUCUGAAAAUAAGGAACUGCUGCGUCAACAGCUGCUUUCGGCGACCAAGGAACGAAACGUUGAAAAGUCCGAAUCCUCAAAAGUGAAGCACACCCGAAGCAGACAAAAAAAUCGAUGGAAGUUAAAAUUCCACCACCAAGCGUUGCCGCAAGAGUACCUUGACCACUACGAGCAGAGCCUGCAGAAGGCUAACAAGAAGAAGAUUCCAGAAAAACCAAAAGAUCAGAACGUUGACACCAAUGUCGCCAAUGAAACUUUCAAGAUUUGGGCGCAGAGACUAGCGGGAGUGCAGAAAGAGAUCGGUCCGCUCACCGUCCCUCAGGCGUCGGUUUUAAGCAUGGCGACCAGAAACAAAGAAGAAAAAAAGAAAAGGGCUCCGGCUAUCACGCCGAGCAAGAUUAUGACAUACGAUGACCUGCCGUAUAUGGGUGAGAUGACGCUGAACAACUCGAAACCCCGACGAGGCCGCAAACCAAAGAAGGCCGACAUAUGUCACCUCAUCUACGAGAACUACGGCACCGUUGUGCCGGGGCAACCGCCCCCUCAGGAGCGGCUCAACCAAACCAACGUGUGUCCGGUGUUCAGGAACACCGACCCGCCUCUCAUUACUCCCAAAACAGAUUUGCAGAAUAAAAUAAUAUCCAGUCUUCUCGAAAGAAAAUUAUCACAGGAACAGAAGAAGCGAUUAGAGAAUCCCUCUCCACCGAGAUUCUGUAGUCCCGACGAACCGAUGCCGGAAGCGCCGAUGACGACCGCCGGGCCCUUGCACAGUGAUGAUGAGCCGCUUAACCUCUGCAUUAGAGAUCUGCACGAUUUGAAACUACAGAUUCAAAAGAAGUUCGGCAAUAUUUACACAUCGACGCCCGAAGUUAAAGUUGAAAUUGACGACAAUUCAGAGCAGGAAAACGUAAAGAGCGAGCAACCUAACGCCAUCUCUGUCAUACAGAGGAACACGAACGUGCCUCCGACGGCCAGUAGCUCACCAGACCUCUCGCGAAAAUCGAAAAAUAUAUCGCCUGCUCUAUCGGAACCCGUGCUGUCUACUGUCAGUCCAGAUGAUGAGAAAUUUCCUGGCUACAUAUAUUGGCCAAACGCGGGCGUAUAUAUGCACCCUCUAGCUUUACAAACACAAUUGUUGUACUAUCAAAGGCUAGCAGCGUCGGGACAGCUACCUGAAGAUCGCGACAAACUAUCGACACCGGGAAGUGAGAGCGCGGCCGAUGCAUCUCCAGACGAAGGCAAGAAUAAGCUGGUGUUGAAACAAAUUACAGAGCUUCUAGACCCAAAAGUGAUAAAACAAGUCGAGGAAGGAAAGAGUCCAGAACUGAUGAAAAAGAGAGCGUCACCCAACCCCGCCCAGGGACCCGUUAAAAGAAAGCGAUCGGCUAUUUUCAUACCACCGAUGCCGACUAAAAACAGUUCCACGACGCCGACCACGGAAGUCAGUAUCUGCAAAUUCAAGUUCACCGGCGGUUCGAAACCUUCUCUGCAAGAAAAGAAAAUGUUAUCGGUGGACUCGGGAGGAAACUUCAGGUACUACAGCGGAACGGGCGGCAGGGGGAACAAGGGCUACGAGUACUUACAGAAAGAUCCCAACUUAGAGAGAGGCGCGGAAACCGUAGCUUCGAUGUCGACACCUAAAGCUGACGCUCAAAACGUAACGCUCAAAGAGGAUAUGAGUAAAAAGAAAAGAAAAUCCAGAAAGACUCUGCAGAGGGAGAAGUUAGAACAGACGUUUAAGGAAAAGGGCUUUUUGAUACAAACGCAGCAGUUACAGUCUGCGGAGGGCGCCACGUAUUGCAAGUUCCGGCAACUGCGCAAGUUCACGCGCUACCUUUUCCGAAGCUGGAAAGACUAUCUACCAGGCGAGCUGGACACGGACCCUCGAGACAGUGACCCUACCACUGACCUUCAGACGACGCCCUCAGGCGAGCCCACAGCUGGGGAGUGGACGUGAAACAUCUUACUUUGAAUAAAUAUUGUAUAAAGGCCAGCAACACAAUCGCAACUCAGAAGUUGCUAUGCCCGGGCGACGGUAGUUUGCUCCUUGUUACAAAAAUAUAUAAUAUUAUCGCCAAAGACUAUAAAGCUUUGCGAGCUGACUUGCAUUUAAUAAUCGGUAUAGAUUAAUUAGUUCGGAGUUUUCGUUCGCAUCCGUCCAGAUUUUAACAUAAAAUUCUUUCGGCGUCUAUUCUUGUAUGUAAUAGUUAAUAUAUUGUUGUGAUUGUUUUGUUGAAUGGGUGAUAUUUAUUAUUAAUAUUAACUGCUGUGCAGGUAGUGUUGCCAGGUUGUUGAGUAACACAAUUUUAUCAAACUUAUUGUGCCUAUCUACUAUAUUACUAACUAGUCAAAUGACACCUCUAACGUUAUGUAGAGUUCAGAUUUGUACAAAGAAGUUUUUAUACAUAUAUUUAAGGCUGAAUAGUUACAUUAAAUGUUUCGCCAAAAUCGAAGGAAUGUUUCGAUAUUAUAGUAACAUUAACUCCAAGAUUACAUUUAAUGUGUAGUGUGAUUCGGUUAAGAAUAACUUGUUUUAGUUUUGUUUGAAAUGUUUACUCACACUGUUCUUUGGACAUUACUGUUCGACUCAUUGGGAAUUUGUCCAAAAGUAGCGAACUAAAGACUUGUGCAAGAAGUUCCUUUAAAUACAGCGCAUUAUCAGUGAAUCAAUAUGGAAUGGCAUAAUAUGUAAUCUUUUAAUUGCAACACAGUUUGAAGAGUGAUUUUAUAAUCGAAUAGUUAAUAAAUACAUUUAAAUUAAAAAGUUGAAAAAGCUGUAUUAGAAGUCCCCGAAUUCGUGGAUCGAACGCUACUUUUGGACAAAGUUCCAAGACAUCGUCAAAUGUACAUAAAAUCGAGUUAUUCUAGUCACUGUUGUUAGUUAUUAAUAAUGUACAUAUGUAAUUUGUUAAAUAUAAAAUAAGACACAAUUUUGUACUCGAUAAACUUUAUUAAGAAAAAAAAAAGAAAACUCAAACAGUUCUGUGAUUACGAGAAAUGCAACAGGAAUGUAAGAGAACCAAUAAAUUAACCUGAUU